UGAUAAGAAUGUUAGCGUAGGAAGACUGCAAGGAAUCCCGUGAAGGAGAAGAAGCAGGCGACAGCUGGACGGGCUAGGAACUGUCGUGCCAGGUUCUGUGCGUUUCCGGCCGAACUCGUAUGGGUGACGGCCCAGCCUGGCUUCCUGGAGCGGAGGCCGCGAAGUGGGUAGACAUGUCGAGCUUCUCCAGGGCGCCGCAGCAAUGGGCCACUUUUGCCCGGAUGUGGUAUCUCUUAGACGGGAAAAUGCAGCCUCCUGGCAAACUUGCUGCUGUGGCAUCGAACAGGCUCCAAGGGUUGCAUAAACCUGUGUACCAUCAAACAAGUGACUGUGGAGAUCACGUUGUCAUCAUGAACACACGACACAUCGCGUUUUCUGGAAACAAAUGGGAACAAAAAGUGUACUCCUCACACACUGGCUACCCCGGCGGAUUCCGGCAGGUGACCGCGAAGCAGCUCCACCUGCGGGACCCUGUGGCGAUUGUGAAGCUUGCUGUGUACGGCAUGCUGCCCAAAAACCUGCACAGGAGAACCAUGAUGCAGAGGCUGCACCUCUUCCCGGACGAGGACGUUCCGGAGGAGCUCCUCAGGAACUUGGUGGAGGAGCUGCCUCAGCCCCGGAAGGUGCCCCGGCGCCUGGACGAGUACACCCAGGAGGAAGUCGCGGCCUUCCCCAGAGUGUGGUCUCCACCUGAAGAUUACCGGCUGUAGGAGAAAGGCCAGGGUAACGGCGCCCCUUCCUGCCACGUCUCCUCGCCCAGGACAGGACACAGCGGGAAGGCGACUGCCUCCAGUCCCGGGUACAGCUCCGGAAGGGCUGAGCCCUCUGCCGGAAAUCAUAGGGAAACACUUUAUUUUGUAGAAGUGUAUCAUUUAUUUAAAUGUUCUAAGUGAUUAUAAUAAAACUUUGGUUAGCUAUGCA